AUGAGUUUGAAGAUGGCGGCAAAUAAAUCUCCUGUUCAAAAACAGAAGGAAUUGAGUUUACCUAUUUCACGUAUCAAAACUAUUAUGAAAAGUUCUCCAGAUGUCGAAAAUAUUAGCCAGGAUUCUCUGCAUCUAGUGGCGAAAGCAACGGAAUUGUUUAUUCAGUAUGUCACACAAAAAGCAUUUGAGGAAGGUGGCUGUACAAAAGAUUUGCAAUACAGUCACAUAGCGGAAAUUGUGGAAAAGAAUGAUAAUUUGCUUUUCCUGAAAGAAAUUGUACCAAAGAAAAUAACAUACAGGGAAUACAAGGAACUACUCAAGAAAAAGAAACAGAACUUCAACUCUGAUGAUGAAUUUGAGAAUGUGGAAGAAAGUGAGAGCUCGCAAAACAGAACAGCAGUUUUUAGUUGAAUUGAAUACUUAAGUAUGCAUUUGGAUGAGUGAAAACUGUGAUCAUUAUGAAAAAAAGACAUUGUAUAUUAUGCAUCUAAAAAGUGUGUGAUAAAUACAGUGCAGUACAAGGAA